UGGGGGGAGGAGGGAGGGAGGAGGAGGAAUGUGGAGGGUUCUGCUCACUGUGAAGCCCACACAGCCCCGGGGAGGUGGACAUGGCGCUGUGUGCUGCUGCCGGAGAGUUGCGAGUGCAGCUUCAGCUGUUAGCGGCCCUGAGCAUCGCCUCCGCCUUCAACAUCGACACCAGGUUCCCGGUCCUGAAGCGGGGACCGCCCGACAGCUACUUCGGAUACUCGGUGGCUUUACACCGGCAGCUGAAGGGGCAAGACCGCCACCUGUUGCUAGUCGGGGCUCCCAAAGCAGAAGGCCUUCCAGACCAGCUUGCAAAUCGCACGGGAGCCUUGUUCUACUGUCCCAUUACAUCAAGAGAGGACGACUGUGUGCGUGCAGACUUCGAGACACCUACUGACUUACAAAAGGAGAGCAAAGAGGAUCAAUGGCUCGGAGUCACCGUAGCAAGCCAGGGCCCUGGGGGUAAAGUGCUGGUAUGUGCACACCGGUACGAGAAGAGACAGAAGAACCUUCGGGGUGAGAAGAGGAACUUGCUUGGUCGAUGCUUCGUGAUGAGUGAUGACAUUGCUAUUGACCAGAAUGAUUACUGGGACACCACCCCAGCCCACUUCUGUGAGAACGUUGGUUCCGACCACCAGGGCCUCCUCAUGUGUCAGCAGGGCAUGGCAGGAGGCUUCACACAUCCCAAUCAUUACGCGUAUUACGGGGCUCCAGGAGGGUGGAACUGGCAAGGAGCAGUCUACGUUGAACAGAAGAACAGUACCUUUUUCGAUCUCAAUAUACUGAGUGACGGACCGUUCAGGCUUCCGGACCUGAAAAAGGGAAACAGCUACAUUGGGUACUCACUCAUGGCUGGGCAGCAGAUCUUAUCCCAGAACAGCUUCAGCUAUGUGGCUGGAGGCCCUCGAUAUGAUCAUACAGGAGCCGUCUUCCUCUUGGAGCAAAGCAAAGCAGAUGAUCUGAAAAUGGAGAAAGUUAUACGGGGCAAUCAGACAGGCUCGUACUUCGGCAGUACUGUGGCUGUCGCUGACCUUAACAAUGACAAUUGGAAAGAUCUCAUUGUGGGGGCUCCUCACUACUUUGAUCAUAAGAAGGAGAUCGGUGGUGCUGUGUACAUCUACAUGAACGAAGUGGGGAAGUUUCCCAAUCAGCACAGCCUCAUCCUGAACGGCACUUUGGACUCUUUGUUCGGUCAUGUCGUCAGCAGCAUCGGGGACGUCAAUCAGGAUGGAUUUCAAGAUAUUGCUGUCGGCGCUCCGUAUGAUGGAGACGGCAAAGUUUACAUUUACCACGGCGGUGCCCGAGGAUUGGAACCCAAACCCAGUCAGAUCAUUGAUGGGAAACAUCUGAAUGGUGGCAUACAGACAUUUGGUUACUCUAUCAGCGGAAACCUUGAUGUGGACAGUAAUACCUAUCCUGAUAUUCUUAUCGGAACUUUGUCGGACAAGGUCACAUUAUUGAGAUCCAGGCCUGUAAUUAACAUCAAAAGAAACUUCACCGUGCAUCCGGAAACUAUAGACCCCAGCAAAUGCACUGAAAAAUCCUGUAUCACAGUGGAACUGUGUUUCUCAUACCUGACAAGCACCAGGAAGUACAACCGCAACAUUACUCUUAACUAUACGUUGAAGGCUGAGAGAGAGAGACGUUCAGCUCCACGAGUUCAAUUUGUCAAGACCAUGAAAGACGAAUUAGAAGGCUUCUUCUCAAUGCCAAAAACCAAAUGUCAGAAGAUUGAACUAAACCUGAUGAAUACCGUUCAGGAUAAGUUGCAUCCGAUCUCAAUUACUCUGACUUACGACAUUUAUAGGCCGGUGUCCCGGGGGCGUCAGUAUGUGCGCUCUCUGGACCAAUUCCCUGUUUUGAACGUUCAACAGACCCACAAUGAGACGAGAGAGAUCCAUUUUGAGAAGGAUUGUGGCAGCGACCGAGUUUGCCACAGCAACCUGCAAAUGAUGUACGAGUUUGGUAAUUUCGGGAAAGACGAGAAGUUUGAUCCUGUCAACAGGCUGCAGAACAAGCAAAUCCUGGAGUUCGAUGGCAAAACUAAGAGGCUUGCUCUGCAGGUCAAUGUCAGCAACUUUCUGAACAACAGUGACACUAUCGGCGAGGACGCACACCAGGCCUUCCUCAACAUCACGCUGCCUAACACCCUCUCCUACUCUGGAGUCCGGGCCGAUUCCGCACGCUGUAACAAUAGAGGACAGAAUGUGCUCUGCUCUUUGGGAAACCCAUUUAAGAAGAACCAAGAGAUGACCUUGAGUAUUCUUGUGCAGACGAAGUUAAUAGAUCUCCACACGAGAGAGAUUAAUGUGAUGCUCCAACUCACCACGGAGAGCGUACAGAAGGACCUGAUGCCAGUCACAGCAUCAAUGCUGGUGCAAGUUGAACUGCAAGUUUCCCUGAGUAGGGAGCAUAAAACCCACUUGGCGUACUUCAGUGGCUCAGUCAUGGGUGAGAGCGCCAUGAAGACGUUCGACGAUGUGGGGAGUUCUGUGGACUUCACGUUUCAGGUGGUAAAUAUCGGAGAACCUCUGGGGAACCUGGGGGAACUUUACCUCAGUUUCUUGUGGCCUCAUGAAAUCAGCAAUGGCAAAUGGUUGCUAUACUUGACUGAAAUAGAAAUGAACGGGACAGAUGACCAGUAUUGUGUACCAGAGGGGAAUGUCGUGAAUCCACUGAACUUAAUGAUGGCUAAACAAACGAAACAGGCGGUGAGACGGAAGCGGGAAGCUGUGCCAGCCGUGGACCAGGAGAAGAGGAGACUCCUCAGCCAUGCCAAAGCCAAGGAUAAUCUAGAGUUAGAAUGUAAUAACAAGCACACAGCCAAUUGCAGGAAAUUCCAGUGUCUGCUCAGUAACAUGACUGACAAGGCUACAGUAACACUAAGAGCACGAGUGUGGAAAAGCACUUUCUUAGAGGAAUACAGCGACUUCAGUCGCAUUAUUGUACAGAUGGAAGCUUCCUUAUACCUGAAGACUAAUAUAAGUACAAUAAAAAUGGACGAAGCACCCGUGAAAGCAAUACUCUAUGUUAUGUCUAACGUUGAUGAAGAACAGCAGUACGAGAUACCGCUGUGGAUCAUCAUUGUUGCAGUCCUGGCUGGAGUCUUGCUCUUGAGUCUAAUUGUACUCUUACUAUGGAAGUGCGGCUUCUUCAAGAGGACAAGAUACUACAGGACCAUGCCAAAGUAUCAUGCUGUGAAAAUUCGCAAAGAGGAACGCUACUUUAUCACAGAAGGCUUCACAAAGAAGAGCCAAACAAAGCAAUGGGUAACAAACUGGAAAGAGGAGGACCAUCCAUAUUGACUGAUUCUUGCUCAACAUCAAAAUGGGGGGGAGUGAGGGGUGUGUGGGGGGGUUUAAUUGCUGAGGCUAAAUUCCUUUCUAGCGAAUAAACCAAGGGACCUGGACCAGUGGACAGACAACAUCUGUCCACAUCAGUUUGGUUCUAUUUAUAAUAAGUUAUGUUUCAGCCAAACUCAAGAUUUUAUAAAUAUAGAUAAAUAUAUGUGACAAAGUUUACGAAGCACGGAGAGAAGAGAUUUUUAAAAAUUCUCUCGCUGUCUUGGAAGCUGACCUUUAAUUUACUGCUAAGAGCUGGAAUACAUUCUCUUUUCCUCUCUCUCCCACUAACUCCCCCACCCCCACCACACACCCUCCAAUGGGGUUAGACUGUUUCUAAGGGGGUGUUCAAUGCACUGACACUGUUUGGGCAGGUCAGGGAAGUGGGGGGGUGGUUGGGGAAGGGACGAUUUUAUUAUUUUACAAAGCAAAAAUGUCAGCGUUCUCAAGAAGCGCUUUGCUCUGGAAGAAUCGACAAUUCUAAAGCAACUUUUUUUUUCUAAAGUUUCUUCUGUUCUCUUAAAGUUUCUAAUUUAUUACGUCAUUAAAUAUUGUGGGUUUACGAUAGACUGGACCCAGAUUGUAAAGAAAGCUGGAGAGAAGGAGACUAUUCCAAUGUUAAGCAACGAUAGAGAGUGGGGGUUUGGCAGUGGUUGAGGAACUCAAGUUCAUGUGGUUUCGUGGAUUUUGGUGACUGAUUCAGCAAAACUACAUCAUCUGGUCUAAGGCUUUAGUGCAGAGGUAUUCAAUCCGUUGUCUUUUCUUCAAUGCUCAAUGUCUGUUGAGUUGCUUCCAGUAUUGCAUUGUAAAUGGCAUGAUCCGAAAUAUAAUAAUAAUAGCCUUUACAUCUUGAUACAGAAUCUUUUACAUCGGGGAGGACGUCUCAAAGCACUUCACGGGAUAUACUGUAAAGUGUAGUG